UUUAUUUUUGAAAUAAAAAUAUUUAGUUUCAUAUAAAUUCUUUUUUUUUUUUUUACUCCUUUUGUGGUUCCCGUCUCCAUUAGCUGUGUGCCUUUCUCCUCUGCUUUUCGUUCUCGAUCUCUCUCUUCCUAUUUCUGACAAAACGAGCCGUUUUCUCGCAUAUUAAUUCCCCCUUUCAUUUAAUCUUAUAUAUUUUUUCUCUUUUUUUUUUUCAGCUGGUUUUUCCAGUUUGAAUCACCGAGUUGUGAGGCGUUUUUUAUUCUUAUUUUUCUGUGUUUUUAUGGUAUAUAUUGUUUGAAUUUUGUAAAGCGAGAUAAUUUUUCUUGUUCUAUAUAUAUUUUUUUGCGGUUUUUUCGGUGAUCUGUGUCUUGAACCCGAGCUUUGAGGCUCGGGGAAACUGAGAUCCGAAAAGCUAAUGGCAGCCGAGAAUUGCACUGAUGGUGUCCCCGACCCGAAUCCUUGUUAUUUGCAGAAGUUCAGACUCUACGAGACUCGCUCGUGAUUGUUAAUGUGCUUGGAAGCUACACAAACUUUCUGCUUGCAUGAUAUAGAAAAUUGUCCGUAUGCUCAGAGCAAGUAAACUUUUAUAUGCUUGGAAGAGACAAGAACAGAACUCUUUGGAGGGUACUAAAGAUUGAUCGAUUAGACCCAUCUGAACUAACCAUUCUUGAAGAUUCUACAACAUAUUCAGAAAUUGAAUACUGUGAUCUGUUAGGACGGAUACAUGAAGGAAACAGGUCCACAGGUGGACUUAAAUUUGUUACAGCUUGUUAUGGAAUCAUUGGGUUUGUAAAAUUUUUGGGACCUUAUUACAUGCUGCUGAUCACAAAAAGAAGGAAGAUUGGUGCAAUUUGUGGCCAUACUAUCUAUGCCAUUACCAAGAGCGAGAUGAUUCGAAUUCCCAAUUCUCCUGUCCAAUCCAAUAUGGCUUAUUCUAUGAAUGAAAAAAGAUACAAGAAGCUUCUCUGCACAGUGGAUCUUACCAAGGAUUUCUUUUUCAGCUAUUCAUAUAAUGCCAUGCAUAGUCUUCAAAGAAAUUUAUGUAAGAAUGAGACAGGACUAGUACACUAUGAAACAAUGUUUGUCUGGAAUGAGUUCUUGACUCGAGGAAUCCGGAAUAAUCUCAAGAAUACUCUGUGGACAGUUGCAUUGGUAUAUGGCUUUUUCAAGCAGGUCAAACUUUCUGUGUCUGGCAGGGAUGUUAAGUUAACUCUCAUUGCAAGACGUUCUCGACAUUAUGCUGGAACGAGAUAUUUAAAACGUGGUGUGAACGAGAAAGGUAGAGUAGCAAAUGAUGUUGAGACAGAACAAAUUGUGUUUGAAGAUGUUCCUGAAGGAUGCCCCACACAAAUAAGUUCUGUUGUCCAGAAUAGAGGCUCUAUCCCACUUUUCUGGUCCCAGGAAACUUCACGCUUGAAUUUGAAACCUGACAUCAUAUUAUCAAAGAAGGAUCCAAAUUAUGAGGCCACAAAACUACAUUUUGAAAACCUUGUAAGGAGAUAUGGAAAUCCAAUAAUCAUAUUGAAUUUGAUAAAGAGGUGGGAGAAGAAACCUCGGGAAACUAUUCUUCGUGCAGAGUUUGCUAAUGCCAUCAGAUUUAUCAAUAAAAGUUUAUCCAAGGAGAACCGCCUGAGGUUUCUUCAUUGGGACCUAAACAGACACUCCAGAAAAGCUGCAAAUGUCUUGGCACUUCUAGCCAGAGUGGCUGAUUAUGCAUUAAACUUAACAGGCAUCUUUUACUGGCAAGUAACACCAAAUUGUAGACCGGAGGGGUUGUUGAAUUUAUCUUGCUUAGUGCAAAAUGAUGAGUGCUCGGCUCGGAUCCCUUUUGAAAAAAUUGAUGAUGUUGAGAAGUUGGAAACGGAUGUUGGUAGUGAUAAACAUAAUUCUACUGAGAAUGUAAAACCCCCCAUGUUUCAAACUGGAGUCCUUAGAACCAACUGCAUCGACUGUCUAGAUCGCACUAAUGUUGCUCAAUAUGCAUAUGGAUUGAUGGCUAUUGGACGCCAGCUCCAUGCUAUGGGGUUCACAGAAUCCCAAAUUAUUGAUCAAAAUGGUCCUUUGGCCGAAGAUUUAAUGGGAGUUUAUGAAACAAUGGGUGACACACUUGCCCUACAAUAUGGUGGCUCUGCAGCACACAACAAAAUAUUUUGCCAAAGGAGGGGUCAAUGGAAAGCAGCAACUCAGUCCCAGGAGUUCUUUAGAACUUUGCAACGUUACUAUAGCAAUGCAUACAUGGAUGCAGAGAAGCAAAGUGCCAUUAAUUUGUUCUUGGGUCACUUUCAGCCACAACAGGGUAAACCAGCACUCUGGGAAUUGGAUUCAGACCAACACUAUAGCAUUGGAAGGCAUGGUCCUAAUCUUUUUAAUGAGAAUGCUAGGCCAUCUUUUAAAAGGUCACUGUCUGAUGGCAACAUUCUUUGUGGAACUGACUCUCCCAUGGCUGCUUCAAAUGUUGGACACUGUCAGCCUUUGUCUGAAAAUAGAGAAGGAGCUACCCAUGGUCUUUCAGAGUCCACUCCAGAGAUGCCAACUUGUGAAAUUCCUUAUUCCAGGUUUACUCCAAGAAUGUCUUGCAGGCAGCUUUUCGGAGAUAUGGAGAAGGACCAUUUUCUUGAAAGUAAUCGUAUAUGUUAUGAUGAAAACGGGGAUGAAUGUAAUUGCACCAAUUUUGAUAUGGACUGGCUUUCUUCAUCAGGAAAUUCAUGUGACGAUGAUAUAUAUGACAGGUCUACCAUGGGCUUAUCCUCCGAAAAUAUUGGUGCUGAACUAAAAAAUUAUAUGACCACAUCUCCAAGUGAGUCUGGUUCAAGCAUAAAGGGAGGGGACCGAACUGCAUCUGAACUCACCUGUGAUGGUAUUCUGGAUGAAUUUUCUGAGAGCUUUGUGGAUUGGGUAACGCAUGGAGACAUGCUUAUUCCGAUGAAGUAUGCUUCGAAGUAACUACAUGAUAAAAUAUGUUCCGACUACAAUCAAAUUGAACCCAUCCGAAGGAUGGGAGUUCAUUUCAGAAUAAAACCGAUAGAGAUCGGCUGAGAAAGAAGAGUUGCGGCUUCUGCCAAGGAAAAGUAAUUUUCAGCUCAUGUAAUACUGAUAGCAUUUGCUUAAUCAUGAAAUCCUUGGUAGGAAUGUCAUGGAGGAAGCAAGCAGAAACGGUACAUAGCUAAUUUGAUUUUGGAGCUCUGACCACCUCUAUCUACCAAGAUUCGAAACACCAUAGCUUUCAACCCUGUAAAUAUUUCAUAAAUAGAUAAUGCCUUAAGAGCCCUUGAAAUUAUUGGCAUCCUUGUAUUUCCUUUUAUUAAUAACUUUUUUUGGAAGUAGCAUUUCUACAUUCAUAUCCCAUCAUGUUCUGGAUUUCAGUUUUCAGGAUUUACCACCACCAGUCAGAGGUUGGGAAUUCAGAUUUAGAUACCAAAAAAUAAAAAAAAAUCCGAAAUUUCAAGACA